UUGUUGCUGUUGCACGCAGUGCAUUUUCUCUCUCUCUCUCUCUUUACCCUCUCGCGGAUGAGCGAGAUUCGGACGCGCGCGAUUCGAUAGUUCGCGACUUCUACGAUUAAUCUCCCGCCCUCUGGGGGGUGAAUUUGGGAAGAAUCGCGGGAGGGGGAUUACCGAAAGGGGAAUUUUCCGGACGAUACAUGAAACUACGAAUUAGGUGGACGGAUGGUGCUGGUGAAAAAUCCGUCUCCGACGCGCGGCCCGAGCCCCCAACGAGAAAAUGCGAGGAACGGAAGGUCAAAAGGACGAGGAGGAGGUCGAGGUUCGCGCGGGAAACAGUCCGGCAACCAAACUGGUUCGCGAGGAAGUAGUCCGGCGAAGAGUGGUUCCAAAGGGAAGAGGAAAAGUGCGCUUAUGCGCUCGCAGGGCAACGAUGUCGGUAGCAUCGAAAAAUUGGUAGACGGUGAUAGACGGAUAAUUGCGACCAAGCAUCUACUUCCGGAAAAUAACAUAAAUGUCGUCGUCAGAGUUCGCCCGCUCAGUAAUAAAGAAGUCAAAUCCGGGGAUGAGAUGGUCGUACAAUUUCCGGGAGAUGGACAAAUAUACUGCGAUUAUGUUACGAGCAGCGGCGAGAAAAAGCCAAAGGUAUUUUCCUACAACGUCGUUUUCGAGCCGAAUGCCUCGCAGGAGGAUAUCCUGCAAUAUUCUGGCAUUAAAAAUCUAAUCGAAAUGGCGGUGGAAGGCUUCAGCUGCACCGUGUUUUGCUAUGGACAAACCGGAAGUGGCAAAACGCAUACCCUGACUGGACCUCCGAGACUUUUUGAAAAAACGGAUCCAUACUCGGAGGAUCAUGGUCUGGUCUUCCGUUCCUUCGUCUACCUAUUUAAAGUCCUUCAACAACAUGAGAAGUGCAAUUUUGUGCUAAAGGCUUCCUUUCUGGAAAUCUAUAAUGAGAAGGUGAUAGAUCUUUUAAAUCCCGGAACUUCGAGAAAACCUCUAGCGGUUCGAUGGAGCAAAAAGACACGUGGAUUCUUCGUUGAAAAUCUCUUCACAGUGGAAUGUGAAGAACUUGAUGAUCUUUUAGCGGUUCUCGAAGAAGGAAUGAGGAAUAGAUCUAUUGGUGCGCACAAUAUGAACGAAUAUUCCAGCAGAAGCCAUUCGAUUCUGACUGUAACUAUAAUUUCUGAGCAAGCAAUGGAGAACGGUGUGUUUAUCUCGAAACAAGGUAAAAUUAAUUUCGUCGAUCUCGCCGGAAGCGAGAUGACGAAGAAAACUCUGAGCGAAGGCAAGACCUUAGAAGAGGCAAACAACAUCAAUAAAAGUCUUAUGGUAUUAGGAUAUUGCAUCGCUUCCCUAAGUGACGGAAAACGGAAAGGGGGCCACAUCCCUUAUCGAGACAGCAAGUUGACAAAGCUUUUGGCUGACAGCCUUGCCGGAAAUGGUGUUACAUUAAUGAUCGCCUGUGUUUCGCCAGCUCGUUCAAAUGCCAGCGAGACCUUAAAUACUUUAAGAUACGCCGCGAGGGCCAAAAAGAUUGCUACGAAACCUCUUAUAGUGAUGGACCCACGUGAAGCUCUGAUUCUCAGCUUGAAACGAGAAGUUGGAGCACUUCAGACCGAAAACGAGCAUCUGAGAAUGACGCUUCAUCUCAACGAGACUCAAAAUAUGAUUCGUAGUGAAUCCAAAACCGAACGACGGAUACCCGUGACACCACCCCCGGUAGAUUUCGACAAAUUAGCCGAGAUGGAGAGCUCGGAACUGAGCCAACUGAUCCAUGCAUAUAUCACCGAAAACGAGGCGUUACGUCGUGAAAAUGCGGAGCUUUAUGCUACGCGCGAGCAAGUGAUACGGGACCAGGAACUCGUUUGCCGGGAAAACGAGAGGCUACUCAGAAAGCUGGAGGACGUAAACUCAGUCUGCUGUCGAUCGCCUAUAAUACCAGCGAGACCAUCGUAUUCGGCGGAAUUAUUGCGGGAUAACAAUGAAGACAUACCUGGUGCGACGAAUGUCUGGACCAAUCCGAACGCUGCUCCGAGUCCGGUGUACUCCUUUUCCAAGCAUACGGACAGCGGAUUAUAUAAAUCGGCCGGUAGUAUGCCCGAGAAAGUGUUGAAAGAGCUCGAUAAACGCAGAAUCGUUGGCAGUUACAACAAUAUAGCCGAGGCUUACAAGGACAAAAGCAAUCAUCGCCGGCACAAUUCGUGGGACAACAGUAAUCGACCCAUGAUCAGCCCAGAACAGAGAGUCUCUCCAAUAGAUAUAAAUCAUCAAGGUCGAAGGACGACCUUGCGGCGCACCUCGACGGUUCCUGAGGAGAGCAAAUCUCCGGCUUCGAAAACGGGCGACCAUCAGCCCGCGGCGGACGCCACCGUCGAGCAAUCUAAUCAGAGUUCGCCCGAUUCGAUCCUAAGCGGUCCUCUCGACGUGGGUGGAACGUCCGCCCCGGACAGCGCGGAGUCGGUCGCUCCCACUGUUCCCUUUCCGCCGAUCUCGCACUCACCUUUGCACGCCUCCGCGACUUCGGAAACGGAAGCGCAGUCCAACCGGAAGCCGCAGUCGCGGCCCAGCAACGAAGGGAAGAAAACCGAAGAAAAGAAGGACGAUGAAGAGCGGCCGUUUGGGAGUCCGGUCUCCGUUGACGGCAACGAGGACGACGCGCGAUUUUAAAACCGCGGAAAGAGCAAAAGACCUGGAAAAAGAAAAAGAUGUAAAAUAUGAUCUCUUAUUCUCGAUACACUAGCUCGAAGGAACAUUAAAGAACGAAACGUGUCCUUCUCGUUCUUUUUCUCGUUUUAUUAAUCUGCGAGAAAAGAUCGAGUCAAUUUUUAUUUAUUGACUAAUCGUACAAUUAUCUAAUUGUAACUGUAAGAUACACUUCUACACACGCAUGCUAGAAACAUUUUUUUCUUCUUAGUUCCUACCAUCCUCGUUGAAGACUUUGAAAGAGAAAUAAGAAUUGUAUACAAAACAAAAUAAUAUAUAUAUAAUAGGUAUAAAUUAAAGCUGUAACAAAUGGAUGAAUUAAAGUGGAUUAAAAGAUAAUUUUUUAUAUA